CAAAGUUCAGUGAGUUGAACUGCAGUGCUGUGAGUUCACUGUUCACUCUGCCACGACCAACCUCUGUUGUAAAUUUUCCUCCCAGAACACGUGACGAUGCAUUUCUUGACUAUAUAUCCCAAGUGCAGCAGCCGAGCUGUCAGAGCGCUGAGCCCCACACGGAGGAAGAAGGCUCCCGGGCUUGGCGAUUUAGGAAUUCAGGACUCGGGACAAAUUUGCCAGCACUUGGUAAGUGAGCACAGAGCUUCAAUGCUGAGAAUGGAACCUCUGAACAGCACGCACGCCAGCACGGCAGCCCCCAGCGGUCCCCUCGAGUCCCAUGUGCCCGGCAGCGCCAGCCGCCACGCCAACGGCAACGAGUACUUCUACGUUCUGGUCGUCAUGUCCUUUUACGGCAUUUUCUUGAUUGGAAUCAUGCUGGGCUACAUGAAAUCCAAAAGGCAGGAGAAGAAAUCCAGCCUCCUGCUGCUGUACAAGGACGAGGAGAGGCUCUGGGGGGAGGCCAUGAAGCCGCUGCCCGUGGUGUCGGGCCUGAGGUCGGUGCAGGUGCCCGCGAUGCUCAACGUGUUGCAGGAGAGCGUGGCGCCAGCCCUGUCCUGCACGCUCUGCUCCAUGGAAGGAGACAGCGUGAGCUCCGAGUCCUCCUCGCCCGACGUGCACCUCACCAUCCAGGAGGAGGGCGCGGACGACGAGCUGGAGGAGGCUUCGGAGACCCCCCUCAACGAAAGCAGCGAGGGGUCCUCGGAGAACCUGCAUCAGAAUUCCUAGCACCCCUCUGACCUCUGGAGGUGGCGCCAUCAGCCAGCACCCUUAGAGAGAGGAAGGACACUUUCCGUGUCUGGUUUCACUUUUGCAGUGCAGCUGCCACUUUCCAGAGACCCUCGACAAGCCCCUGAAUGGGGGACGGUGGGGGACACGGCUAAACGGGAGCAGCAGCCCGAGUCCAUGAGGUGUGGACUGUGGUGUGGACCUGGCACCGAAAAAGCCCCGAAGACGUGCAGUGUGUACCUUUCCUUGGGGGAGCCUGGGGGUCGGGGUUCCUGUUCAGAAUCCGGCAGGUCGAUGUGCCGGUGGUUGUUUUCUCACUGGAUGCCCUGGGUAGCUCCCGAAGAGGCUGCCCACUCCCGGGGCUGCCAAGUGCGGAGGGCAUGCCGAGGGACUAGUUUCGAUUUGCUAAUUUGCCUAGAGCUUUGUUCUUCUAGAUCUGAUUGGCUGUAAGUACCUCUAACGUGAACCUGUGGCAUUAGCUCACCGCGGGUUACAGAGCUUCUCUUACACGUCUUUUGGGUUAGAGGGGGAAUAUUUGAUGGAGGACUUCUGAUGGGAGAAAGCUGGAGAUCUGAACCUGGUCUAUUUGCAUACUGUAAGGAAAAAAAAUGCAACUUUAAAACCUGUUAGCAUUGGCUGGGAUUCUAAGACGCAAUCUGCUAUUUUGACCCUUUGUCUAACCUGUGACCUUGAACUCUGAUCUGGGAGCAUCCAGCAUCACAUGCUGGCAUGCUUUUUGUGUGUGUGUGUGUGCUUGGAAGGGUUUCCCUAAGAAUCUAACCUGCACUUCGAAUGGCCGUGCAGGGAAUCUUCCCGAUCUUUCCCGAAGGGGCGGUGGUGGGGUUGAACAAAGCCAAACCCUUGGCCCUGCUGCUGCUUUUUUUCCCAGCCUAGUUUUCUCAGCUGGGAGAGGACAUAAUGUGGGCCUUGACGACAUGGCAUUUCGUCACAUAGCUGAGACUUAGAAGGGCAUGCUCCGGUGAGACUGCGCAGAGCCGGGGUCCAAGUUCUGUGUUUCUUGAACCCGAGUCCCGGCUCUGCUUCGCUCGUGUGGUCCUGAGCAUGCCAUCCAAAGGCUUACUGCUUUCCUGAGACUCCUGAUGAUCUGGAUCCCCAAGGGGCUGGGAGGAUGUCUGUAGAUUCUAAGACUCUGUGAUAAAUCCUGCAUGGCCUGGUGUGAAGAAGCUUGGACAGAAUAUUUCCCCCUUGGCCGGCAAGUCUGAAGAAGGAUCUGCUUACUUAAAGGAGCAGUUGGAGGCUCAGAACACAUGUAAUGGGGAAAUCCAAGGCGAAUCCCCUGCCCACCCCUGCUGUCAUUUUCCCAGCAGUGAACCAAAGAGGCAGAUACCACAUUUCAUGCUGCAAAGUUCUCUGGGUGGUAGACUAUUAACCCGCCAGUUAAGGGAAAAAGACAUGUAAGAGAAAUAGCUCAGGAAUGCUUGCUAAUGUCUCCAUGUAUUCCUGUGGUCAGUCGCUUUGUAGCAGACUCUUUAGGCCCCUGAAGACAAGGAGGAAGAAAAACACACCAAAAGGUCAAAUUUAAUUCUAGUAAAAACAUAAAUUUUUUUUUUUUUUUAAAA